CACGCAGGGAUCGAAGCUGGAAAUACCUCUGUGGCUUGCUAAAGGUCUGUGUGACAGCAAAAGAAGAAUAAUUUCUGUGGAACUGCCAAAAAUUUACAAGGAAGCCUGGAGGACGGUGUUCAGCGCUGAUGCCAAUGUGGUUGAUCUGCAUAAAAUGGGGCCAUACUACUAUGGAUUUGGCUCCCAGCUCCUGAAUUUUGACAAUCCAGAGAAUCCUGAGAUAGCUCAAACUCUCCUGCAGACGUUUAUUAGCCGUUUUCGUCGUAUCAUGGACUCCUCUCAGAAUGCCUACAAUGAAGACACAUCAGCGCUGGUGGCUCGGCUGGAUGAAUUGGAGCGAGCCUUAUUUCAAGCUGGGCAGAAAGGACUGAAUGACUUCCAGUGCUGGGAAAAGGGACAGGCUUCUCAAAUCACAGCUUCUAGUCUGGUCCAGAAUUACGGGAAAAGAAAGUUCACAGAUAUGGAUGGUUAAAAGCCUGAAGAACAUGCAGCUGCAGUGGGGGACACCAAGAGAUUUACAGUC